AUGACCAAACCACUGAACGUAACUAUCAUUGGCGCCGGCCUUGCCGGAUUACUCGCAGCUCGAGUCUUGCGCGAAGAUCACAACGUCACAGUGCUGGAAAAGUGGUCCGGUGGUGCUGAGCUUGGAGCCGCCAUCAACAUGGGUCCUAAUGGCACGAAAAUAGCAAAGGCUCUAGGCUUUAUAGCAGAGAACGCUGGAUCUUUAUCGGCGUCUAUGGGCAUCCAUUACAACGAGAAGGGAGAUGUGACCUUCACUAACCAAUUCGGCGAUCUCAAGGCGACCUUUGGAGGGGAGUGGUAUUUCCAGCACAGAGCAGAUCUGUGGGACGAAUUCCAUCGCUUAGCCACUGCAUCGUCAGCAAAUCUCGGGAUAAGCGGGCAACCUGCCUCGAUACUUUGGGGAUGCGAGGUCAUCGAUCUGAAUGUCGAGAGCGGGCUCGUGAAGCUCGCAGAUGGACGUGAAUUUGAGUCUGAUCUCGUUGUCGGGGCGGACGGGAUCAAAUCGCUUGUGCGCCUCAAAGUCGUAGGCGACGAGGCUUUCCGCACCGCGAGACCAUCUGGAUCCUCAGCUUUCAGAUUCACAUUGCCGCGCGAUGUCGUCGCUAGCAUUGACCCAGACUUUAGAGCGAUUGAUGCUACGAAACCAGCCAGUCUGCAGAUAUACGAAGGAGUAGGAAGACAGGUCGUCGUCUACCCAUGCCGCAACUUUGAUCUAGUCAACGUGGGUUGCAUUGCCUCAGACAAGCUCAUCGGUCACGAGACUACUGAGUCUUGGUCCGCCACUGGAUCAAAGGAGGAUUUGCUGAGAGUGUAUGAUGGUUUCGAUCCAAAGCUGUUAAGCUUCUUCAAGCAGGCAAAGGACAUUCGCCUUUGGCAAUUGCGCGAUCAAGAUCCUCUCCCAACCUAUAUCAAGGGCAGAACAGUAAUCAUAGGUGACGCCGCGCACGCCAUGACGCCUCAUCAAGGACAAGGUGGCAACCAGGCCAUCGAGGAUGCUGAGGGAUUUUUCCUGUUCAAAGGACAGGAUGUAGAUCGUACGACAGUGCCGGACAUCUUGAGGGACUUCGACAGAGUGCGCAGAGAGCGGGCCUCGACUAUCCAGAACCACACGCGCGACCAGCACGGGCGCAAAGACCCUAGCAAGAUGUGGAAGUACACCCAGUAUAAUUUCACCUAUCCAGGUGUGAGAGAAUGCGUGGCAAGGUUGAAUGCAGGGAAAGAGAUGAUCGAUGUUUGA